AUGGUGACAGGUAUUGAGGCCACCGGUGUGGCUUUAGCCAUUCUUCCUUUGGUCGUGAACCAGUUGGAUAAUUACGCGCGAGGACUGGAAAAGAUCAAAGCCUUUCGACGAUAUAAGUGGCAGCUAGAGGACUACUCUACUGGACUGAGUGCCCAAUAUGCCAUAUUGCUGAAUACCUUAGAACUGUCUCUUGAAGGGGUCGUUGAUGAUCAUGACCAAAGGUCUGAACUGAUCAGCAAUCCGAGGGGUCCUGGAUGGAAGGAUACGGCAUUUCAAUCCCGAUUCCAGGAAAAGCUCGAUCGUGAAUACAUUGCUUUUAAUGGGAUAGUGAAAGGACUUUGUGGUCUGUUAGAGGACCUCUCCCACAAACUUGGGCUAGAGACAACAGAUUAUUCAACUGCUGCAUCGACAAUAUCUUUGAAGGCCAUCAGAUUUCGGAAGAUAUUCUCCUCGGCGAUUUACGAUGAUAUUUUGGAUAAAAUCGAUAAGACAAAUCAAAUUCUGAAGACUCUAUGUGAGCAAUCCCAACACCGGGAACAAUCUCGACGGGGUCCGACCAGACGGAAGAUAAAUCUAAAUCAACACCGAGACAAGAGAAGACAUGCGAGAUCACUUUACGGUAUCAUGGUAGAAGGAGGUCAAUGUUGGAAGUGUUCAUGUCAAGGUGGACAUUCUAUUGGCCUCCAGCUUGACACAGCUUCUCUUCACGGCGCAAAGGAUCCCUACCAUGUAUCUAUAGAAACCACAUUCCGCAUGAUUUUAUCGUCUAAUGUUCGAAAGAGAUGGCACGAGGUCAAAGUGGAAGCUGAUAAAAGUGCUGAAACCCCCCGUGUCGCCAUAGAUCCUCAAUCAUCAUCCUGGAAAUCAAAGGUUCAUUUCACAGAUUCGAAAACAAAAUGCGAAGAGGCUCACAAACUACCUACUCGUCCACGAGGCACUCCCAUUUCAUCUCUUUGCUCGACCUUUGAGCAAGUGGAUAUGACACACCCGCACACUAAAUCCGAUUCCGUUGGAUAUAUUCUCAGCGAACAGGCCACCACAGAUGCCCGAUACUAUAUGAGUGUGAUGCAUAGCAUUCGAGAGGAAAUACAUCUUCGCUCCUUACAAGAUACCCUCAUUGGCUCUCCAUCCUUGCCGGGUUCCCCAAUUCAGCGCUCGGAUGAAUUGAGUCGUCGCGACAGGCUUUAUCUUGCCACCCUUCUCGCUUGUAGUGUUCUCCAGCUUCAUGGGACCUGGCUCCACCAGAAAUGGAGAACACGGGAUAUUCUAUUCAUACGGUAUCCUGAAUCCCAACAUUCACAGUUUGAUCGUCCAUACCUUUUACAGAGCGUGUUGAGCGAACCUCGGACCGAACUCAACGGGUCAGCCUCAGAAGUAUACGAAGGCUUGAAUGGCCGUCAGAUCUCAAAUAAGAUUCUUUUUCCGCUCGCACUGGCGUUGAUCGAGUUAUCACUAGGAAGAGCCAUAUCCACGCUUCAUGGGCCUGAAGAUCGGGGCUUAUCUGAGGAAGUCUCUCUCUUCAACACAGCAACAAGACUUCUUAAAACUGUCUACUGGGAAAGCGGAUCAAACUAUGGAGAUGUUGUUAAUGAGUGUUUGUAUUGGUCUCGAAGCAAGGGCGACGGUUUUGAGGACCCUCACUUUGACGAAUCCGUAUUCGAUACGAUUGUCUCUCCUCUAUUGAAGGAUUUUGAUUAUUUCGAGGGUCUCUCCCUUGGGACAUAG